GAUAAUUCUGGAGUUUUUUGGCCGAAACGUCGGCUUUGUUAUGUUCGUGUCUUUCGGUUGCUAUGGGCGACCGUUGCUUCCUUUGUUAGGUCAAAUCUGGGGAGUGAGGUCACAAAAAAUUCUAAUAAAUUCUGGUUUUGUUCGAUUUCGCUGAAAUUUUAACAUGAUAAAGCUGGAUUGUUAAGGAAUAGAUUUACCGUCUGCCGAUGUGUGGUAGCUAUUAACGCUACAGUGAUACAUUGCUUCAAAGUCGGGGUUUUGAAGAGAUUUUUUUUGCAACGUGAGGGUUCGGCGUGAUCUUGUAAUCGGAGGUUUUUGUUGACCCCAAAGGAAAAAUAUCCAGAAAAGGUCAUUUCAUCGACGAUUCAAACGAAUACAAAUAUGUAUAUGUUCCGAGCUAAAUGUCUGGUGAAAAAAUAUAAUUUUUGAUGAGCGCUGGGUUUUUAAUUUUUUUCCCGUGAAAGUCGGCAUCGGAGAUGAGAUUCAUUAAUGUCUCAACAGCUUUUGGCGAGUAAACAUCACAGGUUGCGUGACUCAAAAUUUGGCCAAGUGGAAGCUUGGGUCUGGUUGCCGACAAAUCUACAAAAAAAAAAAACCCACAGGUAAACCAUGAACUGCGCUCGGCCCAUGGCUGUGCAGUUAAAAAUAAAUACAGAGUGGUAAACAAGCAAGUACCAAACAUUGACAUCAUCUGUGCCAUUAGGUACCUGUAGUAGAUACGAGUGGGGGAAAAAACUUUCAAUUUACAGAUAAUAAAUAAUCAAGGUGGUGUUUGCACGGCUGGGUGGCAAGAUUUGUCAAACAACAGGUCAUAUAUUUGUCAGUUAAAUGUUUCUUCUCUUUAAUGCAUUGUUCAAAGCCUGAUUGUAAAAAUUUCAAAUGUAGUGAACCAAAUGAUAUCAGCAAUUAGACCAUCCUAUAGGCCACAAUGUUUGUCAUCGCUGACAGACCUAUAAAAAAGUAACAUUUGGCAACUGAGCACACUGAGCCCUUUGCAUUUUACCAGCCAUGCUGCUGAAAAAUAUCUUGAGUUGGCCCUAAAGACCACAGUGGAAAUUUGUUACAUUUUGUGAGUGAGAUGUAAAUUUAGAAUUUUCAAGUUUCAAAGCCAAAAAAAAAGAGAUAAUCAGCACUUUAUGGCAACAAAAUUAUUCUGAGUGUGGUCUGUUUUUAUCUGUGAACUUUCAAAGUGCAACUGUUUCUCAUGCAAAGAUCACGUGCAGAGUCAGCCAGUUCCUUUGUUGUCUCCACAUGUCACAUCAGCUGUUGUGAUACGUUAAAUGGUCUUACAUUAAUGCAUGGAUAAUUUGUGCAAGGUGAUUAUCAACAGCAGCACAUAAGAUGCUAUGUUUGAUAUUCUCUUUCAGGGGGGCAGCUGUAACACAGGCUAGUUUUCAGCAAUAUUGCUGAUUACCAUAAUGUACAAUCACUUGAGAAAGUUAUCAAAAUUCCACAAACCAAGACUGGUAAAAAUAUUGACCAAACAUUUACAUAGUCCAAAGCCACUGCCAAACCCAAAGAUACAAACAAAGUCUCAAUUUGCAUAAUCAUGGCAACUUAAAUUUUUUUCACAUUUGCCACAAAUUACACAUAACAUGACAAGCAAUUGUUAGAAAACCUGAACUCUUGAACUUCGAAUAAAUUCAGAAACCAUGCACCAUAAAGCAAGCGCUGCAUACUUGUAUGUUCUGCAAUAUUUAUAGAUCAUUUUGUGGCUUCCAUUCAGAUUGUAGGUUUAUAACUGUUUAGUCACGUAGUUAAAGGACAAGUUAUUGGUAGACAGAGCAGCACUAACAAUGAUUUCAAUGCAUGACUGACAUGAUUGAUUGGCUCUAGCAUGCUUUGAAGUCGAAUGACUAGCAACCAUGAAUUUGUAAAUCAAUCAAGUCUCGACUGUCUCCCCCUCUCCUGUUUUUUAAGUUCCACAGGUAGUUAUCACUCAGACUAAAUCGCAAACAGGCAAAUUCUAGUAGUAACAAGAAUGUGAAACUGCUGCGUGAAUCACAACACGUGUGUAAACAAUAUUGAUGGAAGGCAGGAAUAAAUAACUCUCGCACAAGGGGGCAAGCCAUGUUAACUUGACCCCAUUCUAAAUUUAGGUUUCCUUAGAAUAUUUUUUCCUUUUGAAAUGCAAAUCAUAAUUUUAAUUUCGAAGACAAUAAAAACAUUAUUGAUAACAGCUUGACUUGACAUGCAUGAGAAGUUAAUCAAAUAUCCUGAACUAUACACCCCUCUUAAACUCUUUUCAAAAACAAAAAUUGGGUGAAAGACUGUCUUUCAUUCUGUAUAUCUUUGUUCCACACUUGAAAGAUACAGUGUAUGUUAUUUCAUGUUAUUUCAUAUUGCUUACAAAAAUUAUACUCACAAUAAUCACAAUUAUAUUACUUGGCUUGUAAAAUUUUCGUAAUUUUAACAGCCUUUUUAUGAUUGUACAAUAUUUUUCAUCUAACUUGGCAACAGGAAUCAUUAAACCUAUCAAUGCCAAUUCCAGCAGCAAAAUUCAAUUAAUUAUUCAUGAUCAAAUUUUUUUUUCUAUAAUGUUGCCAGCCAGUAUUACAGCAAACGUGAGAUGAAUAUUGAUUGAGCUAAUACAUAUUUUCUGAACCUUUAGGGACCCUAAUAGUGUACAGUAGCAUCACAUCAAGAGUUAACAAGAAUUUUGAAAUUAAGUUUGACAGACAAUAAAUUUAAUAUAUAAAAGAUAGUGAUCUAUAUUUAUUUUUAGCAAUUUUUGUGAGAAAGUGAGUGAGUUUUCCAAUGAAGCUUUCAAAGCAAAUACUGCAAAGGAAAAACAAACCUUUCCCAUAUUGACCGCAGUGUUUUUAGUAUUGCUAUACACAGAGUAUAAUUAUUCACAAACAUGAUGUAAAGGUGAGAUGAUUUUUUCAUUUCAAACACUCAUCUUCUGAAUCAUUUUCUAACACAACGAUAAGGGCAAACUUAAACAGCACAACUUUGCCACGUAAGACAAACCUAUGACAUGACAUGAAAAAUGCCACAGGAUUCUGAACUGUCUUAUUUUAAAAACCUAUGACAGCUGUAGUGUCAUCAAGGAUUGCAUGAAAUUUUUGUAUGACACAAGCAAUGGGUGCUAAGGAGUUUGGUGCUUUAAAUAAGGUCAAGCGCAGCCAAAGCUCCAGCACGUAUUCUGCUGGAAAUCAAUAGCUACAUUGGUAUAAUUCUAGCAGGUUCCAAAUCAUGGCCUCUUUUGUUACUCUCUCAGGUAUUGCAGCAGGGUAAUGUAACCACAUCCCAGUACUUCAAAUCUUGUGGAAAGCACUAGAAGGACUUUACAUGUGACAAUGUUGUCCUGUCUAACUUAACUCUCAUAAUGAUCACAUGCUCAGAUCAUCAGUCUGUGAAACCAAGUUUUAUAAAGUGGAUAUUACUGGAGAUGGGAGAAGCACAGAUAAACUUUCCAAUAUUUUCAAAAAAGGACAUGGAGAGGUGAUUCCCGUUCAGGAUCUAAGCAAUGUUUUUUCCUAAACCUGCACAAGAAUACUGACUUUCUCAUUUGAUCAUGCAGCCAAAGAUAUGCAACAGGAAAUUAGAAGAUAUUACAUCAAAUCAACCGGCUGGAAGAAUAGAACUUGAUUCGACAUAUGCUGCACGUGAACUUGAAGAAGGGGAAAGAAAGAAGAAGCCAAACUGCUUUGCCCUUGGUCCAGUGUUUGACAAUUUUGCCAAGAGAACUUAUUAUAUCAGUUGUGAAAGUGUGGACGACAAGCUUAGCUGGAUGGAAGUGCUCAAUGCUGCUACUGAAUCACAAUCGGAGCCUCAAGACAAAUUUGACAAGGGAAGAAAAAGUGUUCGACAAAGGCUGAACAGAAGGUCCAGAAAACACACUGCUGGCAAGAAGAGGGGAAAUAGUAGCAAAGAAGAAAUAUGUUUACAUCCUCUUCAAAGGUUGGAGCAGUGGACAAAUCUUUGUCGAAUCAUUGAUUCUGAGGAAUGGAAGAAAACUGAUUCCAAGAAUGGAAUAUCAAUAUCCCGGCUUAGCUUUACAAAUAAUGAAAAGGCAGCUGUCAAGGUUGAGGGAGUUAUUCCAGUUCCUCCAGACAUUGUAUAUGAUUAUCUGCGGCUGGCAAUGCAGAAAGGUGGCAAGCUAGACCAACCAUUUCGCGGUGAAGAGGUGCUACAGAAGAUUGACGAAUCUAUUCCUCAUGCUUGGAUCGUGUACAAUAAGUAUAUUCUGCCUCUCCCAAGUGCCUCACCGCGGGACGUGUGUCUGCAGAGGAUGUGGAUGCCCUCGUACUUAACUAGAAAUGGGACAUCAGGAAUGGUUUUAUGGUCAACGCAUCACUCGCAAAUCCCACAACAACAGGGUUUCACCAGAGUAUUGGCAGGUUUGUCGGGAUUUGUAUUAUCGCCUAUAACUACAUCAGGCUCCUUAACGCACACGAAUGCAGUAUUGCUAGUUCAAAUUGAUGUUCAAGACUCGUUGCAGACAAUGCUGGAAGGUAGCUACAAAUCAGGUCUUUUAAAGAUUGGUCUAAGAACUGCUUUUGCUCACAUAAGUCACUUGGUGGAACAGUACUAUGAGUACAUUCAAGGAUAGCGGAAUAAUAAAACGCUUUCGUGUUUAAAUUGAUAGAAGUAACAAGUUUUAACUUAAUAGACCGCAAAUGCGUCGAUGAAUUUUGUAUAGAACGUUUUCGUAUAGAAACAUGAAGAAAAAAAGAAAUAAUGUAGUAAUAUAUGACACUUGAGUUUAUUUAAAAAUAAUAAAGUAAUUAAAGAUUCACAUAAGUGGUUGC